AUGUCUUCGCGCAAACUGAACAACAUUUUUGGCCAAGAAAGGUCUGAAAGAAAUACUACUAUGUUCCAUUUAAUUGCUGAAGAAGGCCUUGACAAUAUUUUAGAUCGCAUUUGGAACGCUACCCGUAAAAAAGAACUGGAACAAAUACUGAAACUGAAGAACGACGACGGAGAGACGUGUCUACAUACUGCUGUUAAAAAACUAAAAGGAUCCGAAGCUGAAAGGAUAAUGGCUCAACUAUUCGACAUGGGAGCAAAUUUGGACGCGCAAGAAGAUGGGACAGGAGACACUGUUUUGCACUUAGCAGUAAAACGACAGGACUACGUGCUCAUGGACUGGCUGCUUUCAAUGCGUAUUGAUAAGAACAUAAGAAAUAACAGUGGAUUAACGGCAUAUCAAGUGGCAAAACAAAACAAUGACUACAAAAUGAUGAAGAUGAUUUUGAGUGAAAAUGAAAAUGUUGCUGAGUGUUUAGUGAACGAGUUAAAGUCCAUCAGUUUAUUGUAA